AAUGUAGAUUUGAAGUCAUAUUCCUAUUAUGUUAUGCCUUACAAGAUGCUCAUGUGUAUGUGGGAUUUUUUGUAAAGCCCAAUUUCGUACAGAGCAAUAUAAUCACAUAGAAAUAUUCUGGAAAUUACAUCCAGAAAGGAUAAGUAAAGACGAUUUCCCUUGGCCUGUCAAUUUCGUCCACUGGCCUAUCUGCGAUGGUGAGGGUAAGGGCAGUGGCGGCGAUGGCAGGGCUGAGGACGGCGGCGACGAUGGGGGAAUGAAGAUGGCAGCGACGAUGGUGGGGAUGAUGGCGGCCGCGGGGAUGAGUCUAGAUCUAUAUUUCUUCUCUUCUUGUUUUCUUCUUCUUUUCUCUCGUUCCUUUCUAGCCCACAAUCACGGCGAUGGUGAGACCGCAAGCGGUGGUGGGGUUGACGAUGAUUAUUCCCAGUCCAGAGCAUCCCAAAACAAUGAAGAGGAAGCAACGGAGUCAAGACCUGUGCAUUCCUCGUGUGUACCUGCGGCAGCUCAAUCCACCAGUCCAGCAGCUGCCCAGGUCUCAAAAAAAUCAGCGGAAGAGUCCAGCGGAGUAUGUGUAGCGCAUAGGGAUUCCAACUUUGAGACGGCAAGAGCAGCGUACGAGGCUGAACUUCAGGAAAUUUGGAGUCCUAAUCCUAGACGAAGGUCUGAUUUCCAGCCCUAUAAAUGCAGCAGGCGGCAGCGAGAGAAAGGGGGGAGGGAGACGACGUUAGCAGCGGCGAAGGGCGAGGAAGACGACCAAGGGGGGGUUAAGAGUUAAGGAAAAUAAUAAAUUAAUUUGUACGUGCUACGACACGCCUAACAUAUUUUGGCGCCGUUGCCGGGGAAAGAUUAACUUUUUUUGAAAAUCAGUUUGCUAUGUUUCCAAAAAAAAUGAAAAACACAAAAAAAUAAAACAAAAAAAUCAAUAAAGAAUGAAAAGCAAAAAAAAAUAAAAAUAAAAAUAAAAAAACCUUUAAAAAAAUCAAAAACAAAAAAAAACAAAAAAAAGUGAAUAGAAAAACAGAAUUAAAAAAAAGUAUUGGUUUCCAAGAAAUAAAGUAGUUCAAACAAUUAUUAAAAAAACAGUUCCUGAUUA